GAAUCUCUCACAUCACCAGUAGUUGGGAUUUUGCCAGAGCUGGUAGUGGUAGCGGUGUCAUCUGGGUCCUCUUUGACCCAUCUGGUCAGGGUGAGCAUGAGAGAGGCCUGCAGUCCCAGGAGGUAGUCAUGAUGUUGAAGCUUGCUCCAGUAGUCAGGUUUUUUCCCCAACGUCCUCCUGUCUUUUGGGUCCUUAAGGAAGUGGUGUGUGGAAUAGCCCAUUCUGAGUAGUUGUGGGCCGGGUCUGGCAAGAGGGACAACAAGCUUGAUAGUGUUGAUUGGUGCCAAGGUUGCCAACUUGACCUGGUAGGAAAUCCUAAAGAGCAUUGCAACCUGCUGCACUUGAGUCAAUUUACAGUCCUGUCUAGCAAUUUGUCCAAAAUAGAAAAGAGCUGUCAAAAAUUGAGGCUCAGAAGUGGAGGUGGGGAGGAGGUGGGGAGGUCUUUUCAAAAUAAAAGAGAAAGGAAAAAAGAAAGCCUAAUGAAGAUUCUGAAUAAAGCUUGAUGCAGAGUCCACUAGGGAUCCACAGCAGCAGAGAGGAUGCAGAUAUUCCCCAGCAUGGACUGCUUCCUGCAGGUGGAUGGAGAGAGGGGGGAAGUCCUUAGCAGGCUACGUGAGGGCUUUUAACAGAAGCAGUGCCCCCAACUUGGAGACACCAGGAAAACACCAAGGAUCUUCCCACUUAAAUCACAGAGUGAGGAAUUUCAACAGUGUUUAGGUCUCUCACAAGCCAGGGCCUGAAGACUUGAAGAAUGGAGGGGAACGACUGCUAAAAAGUAUCAGUGCUCCUGCAGCAGUGGCCCAGCUUUCUGCUCACAAGGCAAAGCCUUGCACAGAGAUUCUCUGUUCCAGGAGGAGCUUACGCCGCAACCAACAGCAUUUGCUGGAGAGCCUGGGAUGCAAAGAUCCUGGAUUCAGCUCAGCGCUGUACCAAGCUGUUUGUUUUCAAGAGCUUCCUGAGCCCCUCUGCCAUUGCCAAGAAGGAACUAGUCACAAAGAGCAGGAAGCUAAGCUUCCUGGAACCUUGAAGUGAAGCCCACCCUAUCAUCCAUGGAAAUGCCAUCUGUCGUCUACACCGUGCACCUCUCAAAUACUGUAUUGAGCACUCCACACUACAAGGCCGGUCACUCCAUUUUUUAACACACAAAACCUACAUUAAACUCUGCCAUAAGGAAAAUUACAGUUGCUAAUUCUAGCACUCAAGUUAGGAAAUGCCAUGGAACCUUAAUUUGGAUCCCUUGUGUGUAUGCAUGCUCUAAUUACAGAAUCCUUCUGUUUUUCCCUCCCUGCACCUGUCUCAUUCAAGAUGGACUGUGUUCAGAGCCUUCCAGACACUUACAUAUAUGCUCAACUUUGCUACCAUGAGUGCUCCUGUUGGGAUAAUUGGGCCCAUAAAUUUGCCCUAAUUGUGUUGGCGGGAGUGGAGGAGUGCAUGAGUGAGGCAGAAAAAUGGACCAAACAAAAAGGCCUGAAGAGAUAGUUCAAGAACUGUGUGAUGGCUAACAAAUCAGUCAUCAAAUCCAAGUAGAAAUCAGUAAACCAAGUGUGCUGGAAAUUAGAUGGACGCAAUAGGAAGGGGAAAAGAAGUUAUAUUCCUGAACAAAUUUGAUUUCCUAAGCAGACCCUUUUCCCGCUCCUUGAAGUGCAGUUACUGCUCACUCUUGUGCAAUGUGGACAGGAGCGUGUUGGCUUGCUAAAGAAAGCAAGAUCACAGAGGCCUUGUUAAAGGAAAGGGAUAAACAAGCAAAAUGGAAUGGAAUUCCCCUGCUGUUGCAGAAACUGUAUGAGAACAGCCAUCCGAACAGCGACUUCUCUCAGUGCCAAGGCAUCCUCAAGGAAAUUUCUCCGCUCCUCUCAAUGGAAGCGAUGGCGUUUGUCACUGAAGAUAAUAGAAAAGCUGCUCAAGAAUCCACUUUCCCAAACACAUACACGUUUGAUUUGUUUGGAGGAGUAGAUCUUCUAGUGGAAAUUCUUAUGAGACCAACUCUGAUUACACAGAAAAAGAAACAGAAAAUAAGUGAUGACCUGAUCAAGGACUGCUUAAGCAUAUUGUACAACACUUGCAUAUGUACUGAAGGAGUCACAAAACGAUUGGCAGAGAGAAACGAUUUUGUAUUGUUCCUGUUCACAUUGAUGACAAACAAAAAGACAUUUCUACAAACGGCAACACUUAUUGAAGACAUCCUAGGAGUCAAAAAGGAAAUGAUACAGCUAGAAGAUAUUCCCAAUCUUGCAAGCCUAGUAUCCAGUUUUGAUCAACAGCAACUUGCUAAUUUCUGCAGGAUUCUUGCUGUCACAAUUUCAGAGCUUGACACGGGGAGUGAUGACAAACACACGCUUCUUGCUAAAAAUGCACAGCAGAAAAAAAAUUUGGGUCCUUCUCGAGCUGAAGUUAACCAAGCUACGCUCUUGAAUAUUCCCGGCUUUGUUGAACGAUUAUGCAAGCUGGCAACAAGGAAAGUAUCAGAAACAACGGGUACUUCCAAUUUUCUCCAGGAGUUAGAGGAAUGGUACACCUGGCUGGACAAUGCACUCGUUCUUGAUGCCCUGAUGCGAGUAGCAAAUGAGGAAGCAGAGCAGAGCAGCACAGAAUCUUCAGAUGAAAGUGGAUUGGCCAACACCUCGGCAAGAACUCAGCUGCCGCAGUCCAUGAAGAUCAUGCAUGAGAUCAUGUACAAGCUGGAGGUGUUGUACGUUCUCUGUGUAUUGCUGAUGGGGAGACAGAGGAAUCAGGUUCACAAAAUGAUAGCAGAAUUCAAAUUGAUUCCCGGCCUUAAUAACCUCUUCGACAAGCUGAUCUGGAGGAAGCAUUCGGCAUCAACCCUUGUUCUGCAUGGGCAUAAUCAAAAUUGUGACUGUAGUCCAGACAUUACUUUAAAGAUACAGUUUUUGAGGCUUCUUCAAAGUUUUAGUGAUCACCACGAGAACAAGUAUCUUCUGUUAAACAGCCAAGAGCUUAACGAACUGAGUGCAAUCUCCCUCAAAGCCAACAUCCCGGAAGUAGAUGCAGUUGUCAACACAGACAGAAGUCUGGUCUGCGACGGGAAAAGGGGGCUGCUAACCAGGCUGCUGCAGGUCAUGAAGAAGGAACCGGCCGAGUCCUCGUUCAGGUUUUGGCAAGCAAGAGCAGUUGAAAGCUUUCUCCGAGGUGCCACUUCCUAUGCAGACCAGAUGUUCCUGCUAAAGAGAGGGCUCUUGGAGCAUAUUCUCUACUGCAUUGUUGACAGCGAGUGCAAGUCCCGCGAUGUGCUUCAGAGUUACUUCGACCUUCUGGGAGAACUGAUGAAAUUCAACAUUGACGCUUUCAAGAGGUUCAACAAAUACAUCAACACGGACGAGAAGUUUCAGAUCUUUUUGAACCAGAUCAACAGUUCACUGGUUGACUCAAACAUGCUGGUUCGCUGCAUUACCUUGUCUCUGGACCGAUUUGAGAACCUGUCUGAUAUUAAAGUCGCCGAAGUCUUGUCGGAGUGCCGCCUGCUGUCGUACAUGUCUCAGAUGACCAUGAGAAUGUCCUUCCUCUUCCGCCUCAUCAACAUCAUUCAUGUCCAGACGCUCACGCAGGAGAACGUCAGUUGUUUGAACACAAGCCUAGUUAUCCUAAUGCUGGCCCGGCGGAAAGACAAGCUCCCCUUCUACCUGCACACGCUGCAAGAGAUGGAAUACACCCAAAAGUACCCCGGCUUCAUCCUCAACAACUUCCAUAGUCUCCUGCGCUUCUGGCAGCAGCAUUACCUCAACAAGGACAAGGACAGCACCUGCUUAGAAAACAGCUCCUGUAUUAGUUUUACCUACUGGAAAGAGACUGUCUCUCUACUGCUCAGCCCCGACCGGACGUCCCCCUGGGCCAUAGUUAGCUACAUUGAGGAGGCGUAUAUGGACAUCGACAGAGACUUCGUGGAGGAGUGAUUCCCCAGGCUGGCUCCAACGGAGUGUCUGGCAGAUGGUGGAUUUUCAGGGAUACGCUGCAUCGUGUGUGCACCAGCUUGGAACCAUGGAUGUUAGUGCUUUAAGACCCUUCCCCCGCCGCGGCUCCUGCAGGAAAGGACUUUCUUUGGAAGCUCUCUGGGCCUGUUCAGGGAUGGAUCUUCCAAGCAUCUCGGGAUACAACUAAUCACCUGCGAACCCCGCCCCCGUGCAGUGUGCUAGCCACGCCUUCUCCCUUGGCCACAGGAGCUGCGGCUUCUCUGGCCACUCGAAUGAAGCAAGGCCCCAGGCUGUCCACAGCACGGUGCAGGCCGGGAGCGCGCUUUGCGGGGCUGGGCUGGGUGCGCGCUUGGAAUGCCUGGCUGCGGUAGCUCUGGCCACCCUGUCCCAUCCCUGUUUGGAUUGUUUGGCGCUAAAUCGGUGUGCCCCCGUCUGCGCUGGGGCGGGGUCUCUGCUCCUGCUCUCCGGUGGCGCUCUCCUGCCGGGAGUGUCCCGCAGGGCUGCCGAGCCGAGCGCAGGAGCGGGCAGGGGCUGAAAUCACAGCCAGGGCUCGGUUGGCCCAGGCAUUAACAUUAAAUGGACUGAUUUUUAAA